AUGACCGACGCACAAGAAGCCGAAGCCGCUCGAGAUCCUCUUCCCGUGGCCCUGGCAAAGGUGGCCGGCGAUACCGUAGCCGCAGUUACAGCCGCUCGCGCUCGCCCAGCCGAGAUCGAAGCCCACCCCGGAGCGCAAAGACAGAUCGUGGUGGAGAGGUUAACCAAGAACGUGACCGAGGCACAUCUUAGAGAGAUAUUCGGCGCAUUUGGUGAUAUCGAAAAGCUCGAGCUCCCAAUGAACCCAGCUUUUAUGACCAACCGCGGUACCGCCUAUAUCCUCUACUUCGAUCCCGCAGAUGCGGAGGCGGCGAUUGCCCAUAUGCACGAAGCCCAGCUUGAUGGUACAUUUCUGAAUGUUUCUAUUGUUCUUCCUCGGCGCAACUUUUCACGAUCACCACCCCCUUCUACUCGAGGAAAUGGUCGGCGCAAAGGUCCAGACAUGAUACGUACCGACCACCAUCGCUCUCACGCUCGCGUUCGAGAUCGCGAUCACGAUCACGAUCACCACGACGAGGGAGUACUCGUCCGGAAAGCCCCCGUCAGCACCGACGACGAAGCCCUAGUUACAGUAGUUACAGCUACAGUGACCGGAGCCGGAGUCGGAGCCCCAACAGGAGCCGGAAUCGUCAUUAAAAGAAACUGGGUCGUUCGACACGCGGUGUUGAAGACAAAAUGA